UCAGCGUGAUAAGAAAUGGCAGCGCUGUGAUAAGGAAUUGCGUCGCUAGUUGAACUGAGUCAUUUCUUUUUCUCUGUUUCUCAGACUGAGGAAGACUACAUUCCCUACCCCAGCGUCCACGAGGUGCUGGGCAGAAAGAGCCCCUUUCCGCUCAUCCUCCUGCCCCAGUUUGGGGGCUACUGGAUUGAGGGGACCAACCAUGAGUUGAGCAACACACUGGAUCCAGAGAAGCUCCUGCCGCUUUCGCCCAACACCCGCACCAAGCUGGAGUGCAACACCAUGGCCAAGCUCUACCGCAAACACUUCCUGGGCAAGGAACACUUCAAUUACUAUUCGGUGGACGGCAGUCUGGGACAUUUGGUUUUCUCCCUGAAGUAUGACGUGAUCGGUGACCAGGAACCUCGUCUAAUGCUCAGGACCAAGCUGAGAACCUAUCACGAUGUGAUCCCCAUCUCCUGUUUGACAGAAUUCCCCAAUGUGGUCCAAAUGUCGAAGCUCGUCUGCGAAGAGGUAAACGUGGAUCGCUUUUUCCCUGUCCUCUAUCCUAAAGCCUCACGGCUUAUCGUCACCUUCGAUGAACACGUGAUAAGCAACAACUUCAAGUUCGGAGUCAUCUAUCAAAAGUUUGGACAGACAUCGGAGGAGGAGCUGUUUGGUAACAGUGAAGAGAGUCCUGCCUUUGUCGAAUUCUUGGAGUUUCUGGGAGAGAAGAUCGAGCUCCACGACUUUAAAGGGUUUCGCGGCGGGUUAGACGUGACUCACAGACAGACAGGCUCGGAGUCUGUCUACGCCAACUACCGCAACAAGGAGGUCAUGUUCCAUGUGUCCACAAAGCUGCCUUACACUGAGGGGGACGCCCAGCAGUUGCAGAGAAAGCGGCACAUAGGGAACGACAUCGUGGCCAUCGUUUUCCAAGAGGAAAACACUCCCUUCGUACCAGACAUGAUCGCCUCCAACUUCCUCCAUGCCUACGUGGUGGUCCAAGUGAUCAGCACCUGUUCAGACAAUGUUCUGUAUAAGGUGUCAGUCACAGCAAGGGAUGACGUACCGUUCUUUGGCCCUGCGCUCCCUGACCCAGCCAUCUUUAGAAAAGGUCCUGAAUUCCGUGAAUUCCUUUUCACGAAGCUCAUCAAUGCCGAGUAUGCCUGCUACAAGGCUGAGAAAUUUGCCAAAUUAGAGGAACGAACGCGAUCGGCGUUGCUGGAGACGCUGUAUGAGGAGCUCCACGUGAACAGCCAGGCCAUGAUGGGCAUCGGUGGAGAGGAGGACAAGAUGGAAAACGGGAGUGGAGGAGGAGGGGGAUUCUUUGAGUCCUUCAAGCGGGUGAUCCGCAGCAGGAGCCAGUCUAUGGAUGCCAUGGGUCUCGCUUUCAAGAAGACACAUACAGUCUCCACUAGUCUCAGCGGCAGCUUUAACCACAACCCCGCAGACAGCCCCAAAUUCCCAGGGAUAUCUUUGAUCAUCCCGGGGAAAAGCCCGACCAGGAAGAAGUCAGGACCCUUCAGCUCCAGACGCAGCAGCGCGAUCGGUAUUGAGAACAUCCAGGAAGUCCAGGAGAAGUGCAGUAGAGAAUGUCCUCCAAGUACCCAGAAGACCCCUGACAGCGGCCACGCCUCUCAGGACCCCAAAUCUGAUAACUCGUCCAAUCAGAGCUCUCCAGAGGUGCCCACUACCACCAAGAACAGGGCCCCAUCCAUCCCUGAAGGUCAUGACCUCUCCCGCUCCUCCUCCAACGCCAGCAGCUUUGCCAGUGUGGUGGAGGAGAACGAGACGGAGGCCACAGAGGACUAUGACACUGGCAUGGAGAGCCUAUCAUCUGCCGGGACGCCACACAAGCGCGACUCAUUUACCUACAGUACCUGGUUGGAGGACAGUAUGAGUAGCACCAGUACCACCAGCCGGGGCAAUUCUCCAGGGCCCGGUAAAGCUGACGGAGGGAAAGGGACAGACGUCCGUAUCAAACUGGAAAGGGCACACGAUCACCAGUCCUCGUCGAACUGUUAGCCCCGCUCACCUGGUGGUGUCUUGGAUCUCAUCCUUCAGCAUUCUCAAAAGUCACAAUCCUUCCAGGAAAUGAGAUGAGUGCGGGUGUUUGUCAUGACCAACAACGAUGAGGAGGAGGAAGAAGAGGCGGACCCGGGCCAUUUGGCUGGUCAGUGAGGCCGUAGUGGCCUCACCCAGAUGCCUGGGGGGUCCUGGAAAGGAGGAUCCAGCUUUUGCAUUGUGUUUCCAUUCCCUCCCCUCUUCACUCGUUCACCUACACGGUUCCACUUCUCUCAAUGUGAACUUUGCUUCGGAAGCACGUGUUUUACCAGCCAAGUAAAAAUGGUUUCGUUGGUUAAAAAUUGUACUUUUCUCUGUUCUGCUGAGGAUGAGAUGUGCUUCGUAAACAGGGUAAAGACGGCGCUGUUGGAGUCACGUGGGAAAGACUUUUGCUGCCGCCGGCUUGUAACUAUACUCGCCUCGGAACAGCCCAAAUGGAGCGGCUGUUUGGCUGAAUGACUCUCUCAUGUAUCAGUAACACCAAAUACUCACCAUCCGACACGCGUCUUCUAACAAACGCUCCAUUGUGAUUUAACAUUGUCAAGCUGGAUGCUGUUAAAUGUGAUAGUGAGUUACUUUCAGGGUUAAGUGAUUGUAAAAUGUCUUCUAGUGAUAGCUUCGAUCCCACCGUACAAGUACCACACAGCUUCAGCUAGCUAGCACCUCCUCUGACCGGGGCUGUAGCGGUUUCUCUCUCUCAGCAGGUGUCAAAGUUCAUAGCAGAGGUCAAAGCGAAGGUAGACACGCGUCACGACUGAGUUGACAUGGCCUUAAAACUUGAACAUGUGGUUUCUGCAGCCCUCGGCUCGGCGUCGCCUCGCUUCUGUUGACCCACACGGCCUCCGGCCUGGAACCGGACGGCAGUAUUAGAUGAAGUGCAAAACUAAU